GGGAUGGCGUGGAAAGGAAAGGGUUAAAGGUGGGGCCCGCCCUACAAACGCGCGCACACACUCCUUACUCGGACCCAGUCACACGCGUUUCCCUGGCACUUAGAUGGGGCUGUGGGUGGUGGGGGGGGGGAUUGGAUCGGAGCCUGCGCCGGAGCCCUUUGCACCCCAAGCUCCUGCAGCCCGGCCUGGGGGCCCCCGCUGUCUGAACUCACAGCUCCCCGCUGAGCCCCCUCUCCGGGGCACACACACGCUCCAGCGCGCGCACACACCUCGAACAGUCCCCUCGCUUCUCACGUGACACGCGGCCCGAACGUGCCACCCUGCCCACGCGCUCACGCACGCGUGCACACACACCAGCCUCCCGGCCGCUGUCCCACUCCGUCCCGACGCCCCUGCGCCCCCGAAGGCACUCAUUGACUGACACACCUACACUCAUUCACAGACGCACACUCCCCCACAUACGCCAACCCCAGACACACAUUCAUAACCAGGCCUGCAAGAAGUACACACGCACCCCCUCACUGCCUACUCCUGCUUUCGGGAGGCUGAGUCAUUCCUGCCUCCUAGUAGGUUUCCCCAUUUCCUGGCGCGCGGGCACCCUGAGACCGCCUUGGGAAUUCGUUUGCGUCCCCCUCCACCUAGGCCCCCUUCUGCAGUUUGCGCCCCUUGACACUUAACCAAGGACUUCCUGUGGGUCCCAGGUCAGGGGUGAAGGGAUCCUGGACGGCUGCCACAGCCCCGGUGCGUCCGGGGGAGGCGCUUCCUUUUCCUGAACUCUGGGAUCCUGCGGGCGGAAGCGGGGAAGUUGGGCGGGGGUGCAGCAGAGGGCGUGCGGACUGUGGUGCAGCCGACCCUCGCGCAGCUCUGGGCCUUCCUUGGGGAGAAGCUGGGGUGCCAGAGGCCCAGGCUGAGGAGCUGGGCGGCGAGGAGGCCCCUUGUGGGCCGGGGCCCAGUGGUCACCAUGGAGUCCAUGUUCGAGGACGACAUCAGCAUCCUGACGCAGGAGGCCCUGGGGCCCAGCGAGGUGUGGCUGGACGGUCCCGGAGAUCCCUCUCUCGCGGGCGACAUGUGCUCUGCUUCCCACUUUGCCCUCAUCACUGCUUAUGGAGACAUCAAGGAACGGCUGGGGGGCCUGGAAAGGGAGAAUGCCACCCUCCGCCGCCGCCUCAAAGUCUACGAGAUCAAGUACCCACUGAUCAGUGACUUUGGAGAGGAGCACGGCUUUUCUCUGUAUGAAAUCAAGGAUGGCUCCCUGCUGGAGGUGGAAAAGGUCAGCCUGCAGCAACGGCUCAACCAGUUCCAGCAUGAGUUACAGAAGAACAAGGAGCAGGAAGAACAGCUUGGAGAGAUGAUCCAGGCCUACGAGAAACUCUGUGUGGAGAAGAGUGACUUGGAGACGGAGCUGGGGGAGAUGAGGGCCCUGGUGGAGACGCACCUGCGCCAGAUCUGUGGUUUGGAGCAGCAGCUGCGGCAACAGCAAGGCCUCCGGGAUGCAGCCUUCUCCAACCUGAGCCCGCCGGCAGCCCCCACCCCGCCCUGUGCUGAUCUGGACCUGCACUACCUGGCACUGAGAGGGGGAUCUGGCUUGAGUCAUGCAGGCUGGCCGGGCUCCACGCCCAGUGUGAGUGACCUGGAGCGGCGGCGGCUAGAAGAGGCUCUGGAGGCCGCGCAGGGAGAGGCCCGGGGGGCUCAGCUCCGGGAGGAGCAGCUCCAGGCUGAAUGCGAGCGGCUGCAGGGGGAGCUGAAGCAGCUGCAGGAGACCCGAGCCCAGGAUCUGGCCUCCAACCAGUCGGAGCGGGACAUGGCAUGGGUGAAAAGAGUUGGGGAUGAUCAGGUGAAUUUGGCGCUGGCCUACACGGAGCUGACGGAGGAGCUGGGCCGGCUUCGGGAGUUGAGUUCCCUGCAGGGGAGAAUCUUGAGGACUCUAUUGCAGGAGCAGGCCCGGAGUGGCGGCCAGAGGCACUCGCCGCUGUCGCAGCGCCACUCUCCGGCCCCCCAGUGCCCCUCCCCCUCCCCGCCUGCCCGAGCGGCGCCCCCGUGCCCCCCGUGCCAGUCCCCCGUGCCCCAGCGCCGCUCUCCCGUGCCCCCAUGCCCUUCGCCGCAGCAGCGCCGCUCACCAGCCUCGCCCUCCUGCCCGUCGCCCGUCCCGCAGCGCCGCUCGCCGGUGCCGCCGCCGUGCCAGUCCCCCAGCCCGCAGCGCCGCUCCCCGGUGCCCCCCAGUUGCCCAGCCCCGCAGCCUCGGCCGCCCCCGCCGCCUCCGCCGGGCGAGAGGACGCUGGCCGAGCGCGCCUACGCCAAGCCGCCCAGCCACCACGUGAAGGCCGGCUUCCAGAGCCGCCGCAGCUACUCGGAGCUGGUGGAGGGCGCGGCCUACGCGGGCGCCUCCCCGCCCUGGCUGCAGGCCGAGGCGGCCACGCUCCCCAAGCCCCGGGCCUACGGCGGCGGCGAGCUCUACGGCCCCGGCAGGCCACUCAGCCCGCGGCGCGCCUUCGAGGGCAUCCGGCUGCGCUUCGAGAAGCAGCCGUCGGAGGAGGACGAAUGGGCUGUGCCCACCAGCCCGCCCAGCCCAGAGGUGGGCACCAUCCGCUGUGCGUCCUUCUGCGCUGGCUUCCCCAUCCCAGAGUCGCCCGCCGCCACCGCCUACACCCACGCCGAGCACGCGCAGUCCUGGCCAUCCAUCAACUUGCUUAUGGAGACAGUGGGCUCUGACAUCCGCAGCUGUCCCCUCUGCCAGCUGGGUUUCCCUGUCGGGUACCCAGAUGAUGCCCUCAUCAAACACAUUGACUCCCACCUGGAAAACAGCAAGAUCUAGGCCGCCACCCCGACUCACUGGCUGUUUCUCUGUCCUCUCCUAUCACCCCAAACACUCACUUUGAAUGCUGCAUGAAUCUCGUGGGGGGCCCCUGCCCCUUGCGACCCCCAGAUACCUCCACUAGCUACCGAGUCAACGUGUGUGCCGUCUUCCCUGGUCCAGGCACCACUCAGCUCUGGCUCUUCCUGGGAGGUUAGCCAAGGCUCCCCCCACGCUCCUGGUUUCCGCUUCGGAGGUGGGGACUUGGGCUGGGAUGGGGACAGCAUACCCCUCCCAGGCCUCUCCCUCUGCCUGUCUGUUCUUAAACAGAAUUGGAUCCAAGAAGGUAUCUAGUGCUUGGGCCUGGAGUGGGGGGAAGGUGUUAGAGGACUCCAGGAGCUCCUCUACCCCUCCCCAAAUGUCCAUGUUUCUUAGACCAGGCUCUGUCUGGGGAACACCCACAGGCUGUCUUUGGGGUCCCAGGGCCUGCUCUGUGCACUGACUCAAGUAUCUCCAUCCCGUGGCCAGCUUAGGGCUCAUGGCAUGGGCCCCCACUGGGGGAGGAAGGCAUCUUGUUCCUUGCCAUUCUCCGUAGGCCAGCCCUGUCCUCCUUUUCCUGUUCUGUCCACUCUGGCAAAAAGGGAGGGGAGGAGCAGAGAGGGAGGAUUCUGGAGGACUGGGAAGAUCUAGCCAAAAGAGGCUUCUCAGAGAGCCAGAGCCCUGCACCGUGCCCCUAUGGCCAGGGGACUGUCUUCCAGCCUCCCAGGCCCAUGCCCUCCUUCUGGCACCUCUGGUACUGAGGCACAGAUCAUCAAGGCAGAUGCCCCCUCAACCCUUAUUCCACGGAGCCCCUGACACCACAGGUGCCCUGGAGCCCUUGUGUGACUCAGCCUCUGUUAGCUGGGUGGGUGUCAUCAGCCCCUGCCUCCCAGGCCAGAACCUGAGGACGGGCCCAGGGUGCUGUGGAGAUCAACUUCAAAAGAGCUAACCCCUUCCCACACCCCACCCACCCAGCUACAUUUCCUCUGUGAAAUCUACCUCAGAGUCAUACCCUCAGAAGGACGGGUAAGCAGGAGGCCAGGGGGUCCCCAGGGCUUGAGGUAGGGAGCCUCCUAUGGCGAAAACCUACUACCCCACAAUGAAUCCACCCCCCUCCACUGCGCGCCUCUCCCAGGUCUCAGCUCCAGGCGAGGAGCAGUGGCUGCUACUGAUAGCGCAUGUCCCGCUCUGAUCCAACUCUUCCAGGCCCCACCUCCCCGCACCCCUCCCCUCCAUAGAACAGGGGAGUGAAGGGGUGUGUUGGGCAGGGAAGGAGCAAAGGACACUUGUCAUUGAACCCUGAUCGUCCCCAGGGAGGGGAAAUGGGGAAGGGGGCCUGGAGAGGGGAGGCGGGGGCCCCUGUGCUCUCUGAACAAGUUGAAAGUCCAAAUAAAACUUACCUGUUCCAUCUGC